ACGGGGGUGCGUUCUUCUUUUUGCUUCGGUAGCAUGGUGCCUUCAAGAAGAUGAGCCCGGCGCUGGAAAUAAAGAGUGCUAAGCUCCUCCAUCCAUGACUUUAGACAAGAGAAUAAACUAUUGCACCAACUCAUCUAUAAUUUGUUUUCUUAAACCUAAGCUUAAAUAAAGUCAUGCGGAUUUCUUAACAUUCACACAACAGCAAAGCACUUUUAUCACAGAGGGUCAACGAUUGCGACUAUCGCCCGUUUACAUGCGAUACAGUUGCACAAAUAUUUACCUGUUUUGGGUGACAUUGGUCUUCAGUGCACACACGUUGACGUACGAUUCCACGUGAAAGUUGUAGCUUCGUUCGCAGCUUCGUUUCGUUCCCGAUCGUCCUGCAUAAAAUUCGUGUACGCUCCGCUCUGACAGCGAAGGUAAUACGGCAAGGUCGUUCUUCCAUCUAGUGAUGGGAAAAAUUACCUUCCCUGAAUGGUGCGACAUCGUUGGGAGCGAUUGCUCAAACGGGUAACACAAAAUGCUGCGCAGACGUUUCUUCACGUCAAGAUAAAGCCACAGAACAAAAACCAACUUGCAUAUCCCUAUCGCAUCCGCAUGUGCACUGAGUUUUUUUUGUGUGUUUGUAGUGUUUUCAUGCACAAUGGCGGCGCUGCACAGUGUUCUGGAGUGAACUCCAGAACAAAGCUCUGGAGUGAACACUUCAGAGGUUUUCACAGUGUUGCUGGCAUUUAUGCAACUCGUCUGUUCUGUAGCUGGACUGGGCAUUCCAUCCCGCUGUAUACCUGCAGCCGCCACGUCGGCCGUUGGGCACUCGCCCGUCGUGUCAAGACAAGCGCCGCUUCUCUUGUAAGGUAUAGGAGCGUCUGAGACAUCGCUUCCUUUUCUUUCUUUCGGCAGAGUCCUGCUAAAGUAUUUCGGCAAGUUCGGGAAUACGGUGGGCACGGCGUCUUCCGAGAGGGCAGGAAUGCGACGCGGUAUCAAGACUUCAGCCCCAUUAAUAAUGUCCUUGAAGUCGCGAACGAUAAACCUAGAUGCAACAGAAAAAAAAACAGACGGUGGUGAUCAGAUUGAGCUAGCGUGAAAGGCCUCGUGAAUAAUACUAGGAUGGACAUGCCGCGAGGAUGUUGUGCAGUGCGUUAUGUAUCCAUAAAUAGCGCGCCGGUAACACGUGCAGCAGUUUUUUUUUAUCCACUUUCUACCUACCAAUAACCCUCGCCCACAAUCCCAACUAAAGAUUUUGGCUACGUACCGUGAGUCGAAGUUCUUUUCACAAACUGCCGAGUUCUCCUGCAAUGCUUUGUCGGCCCUUGGGAUCGCUCGAGCCCAUUUGGUAAACGCUUGUUUGCAGGCAGGGGCACGGAAGAGAGAUACUUUUUUCUGAGGUUUUCCUGUACCCAAUAUCACAUCCAGGCACAAAGCACCAACGCUCCGUCUUGUUUUUCGCAGCCUACUGCAUCUCACCCUCGAAUAAGGAAUGUCGCGAAGAACACUCUAAAACAGGCGACGAGACCAAUUGACAGCGGAGGCACGGAGGCGCAGGCCAGCGCGUCUAAAGGCGGAACCGCAUGGCGCGAUUUCAGGCGCGAUUGACGCGCGGAUGGUGGGACGCGCGCGUCAUUUUGACGCGUGCCCAGCAGGAUCCAUCACGAAAUCGCGCCGCCGCGUGCUGCUGCUCGGAGUAGAAAAAAACGCGUCGCGCGCGCGCGUCCACCAAUCAGAGUUCAGGUAAGUCACGUUUUUUUGCCACCAGAUGGCCCUGGUCUCUGCGCAUCUCGACGGAACCUCCGUGGAGCAUUUUUUUUUUUUCUCCGCAGAACUGGCGCGUGCGUCAAACAAAAACACGUGCUUUCGUGAUUUCGUUCGCGCAUUGUGAUGGACAAGGCAACCUUCAACGAGGCCCUCAUAACCGAAGUUGAGAAGCGUCGCGUCCUGUGGGACGUACGCGACAGGAACUACAAGAAUAAUAUGAAACGGGACCAGGCUUGGCGAGCAACAGCAGAUGCCCUCAGCGUAGACGUGACGCAAGUAAUGAAGCGGUGGAAAUCUCUACGCGACACUUUCAUGAAAAAACGCAAAGAAGUGACAACAACGAAAAGUGGCGCCGGCGCGGACAGUGUUUUCAGUGUGCGGUGGCCGCAUUACAACCAACUACUGUUUCUCCUUGACACAAUGGAAUAUCCUGAGACAAGCGGGAACCUCGUGGAUAUUCAAGACAUCGACUCAUUCGACGAAACAAGCACCGCAUAUCUUCAGACUGAAAGAACUGGCAUCAUAGACAUUGAAGCCAAUCUGGUUGCUAGCAACUUUCCUACCUCCCCUGGGCAGGAAGAUGGGAGUGGAUGCUCCAGCCCCACGUCAGCGCCAUCACCAGCCAGCAGCGCAUCAUCUGGUCCACAGAAAAGGAAACGGGGCCAUGACAAGGUCUUUGAAAAAGAAAUAGGAAUCCUGGGAGAAUGGGCUUCUAAACGAGCCGACGCUUCUGAACUAUUCGGGCUUUUUAUAGGGGACAAGCACAGACGAGUCCCCCAACAUCUGCGAGGACAAUUUGAGUUGGAACUACUGCAAGUUGCUGCUCGUUAUGUGGACAAUCAGUAAAGCUGUCAGUGAAUAACGGGAAGUUGUCAGUCUCUUUUGAAAAAGGAAGUUUGGCAAACAGUGAAAAAUAAAUUAGUUAAAGAAACAUUUA